CCCCGCUCCUGUCGCCGGCUCGGCCCCCGGCCGUCAACAAAGGGCGAGCGGCUGCUCCGCCGGGCUGGGGCGCAGCCGCGCCGUGGGGACGCGCAGCCGGGGAGCCGCUCCUAGCCGGCCCAGCGAGGCUCCCGACAGGCAGGAGAGAGCAGCGUUUAACUCCGGCCCUUGCCCCGUGUCCUGGGGCCGUGCGGCUGGCGGGUGGCUGAGAGCAGAGGAGACCCCAGGCUGGACAGGGACAUGAAGAAGAGCCGGAGUGUCCUGGCUGUGACAGUGGACGAGAAGCCCAAGGACCUGCUGGACCCCGGGCUCUGCAGCCGGUCCUACACCGCGGGCGGCAUGCUGGGUGCGGAGCUGCGGCGUGGCCGGCGCCGGCUCUCCUCCAGCCUGCAGGUGCCGCCGUGGAAACCCCUGGACCGGGCGCGAUCACCGGAGCCCGACAGCGUCCAGAGGCCGACCACCCUGCCCCUGCGCAUCCCGCCCCGCAUCGCCAUCACCCACGCUGAGCCGGACAGGUAG